GUACACGUCGCAUCUUUUCACCACAUCCGAAAGUUAUACUGGUGACCCCGUUUCUUUGAAGUUCGCGAGCACGUUUUUAGUACGACGAAAUAAAAGUAAAUUCUUUUUUCGCGAAUCAUUCCGACGCAACGUUAAUAAUGUCCACCGACGAAACCAAGCAAUCGCCCGGCCCGAGCUUUGGCGGGCAGAAUGCUAGCUCUGUAAAUGAAGAGUUCAGAUUGGAUGCCGUUUCAUCUCCGCGCUUAAACCCUCCGAGUAUGACAGAUUCCAACAUCGAGUCAUACUUUAUGUCUCUCGAGUUCUGGUUCGCGGCAACGGGUAUCGGUCAUGACACGAAAAAAUACCAUAUUGUCAUGGCGCAAGUUCCACCGGAAAAGUUGAAUGAACUGCGUUCCAUUAUCGAUGGCACACCUGCUACCGAUAAAUACCUCUACAUAAAAACUAGGCUCAUAGCACACUUCGCGGAUAGCCAACAAAAACGUUUGCAGAAGGUAUUAUCCGAUAUGCCUCUUGGUGAUAUGAAACCUAGUCACUUGUUUAACGAAAUGCGAAGAGUGGCGGGUGCGGCACUAUGCGAAGCAAUUCUCUUGGAUUUGUGGGCAGCAAGACUUCCUCCAUACGCUCAAGCCGCUGUUAUCGCGUCACAAGGAAAUGCAAUUGAGAAAAAUCGCAUUGCGGAUGCAAUCGUGGAAUCCAUGAAUCUUCGGAACAUAACCUCCAUCGAGAUUCCGAACACAAGUUACACACCGUCAGCAACUUCCGAACCAUCAGCAACUAGCAUCGAGGCGUUGCAGAUGGAAAUUGCACAGCUUACCAGACGUUUCGAUAGAGCCUUUUCUGGUAGGAAUCGCUCUCGUUCCCGUGGUCGAUACGAAUCUUCAUCGCGCGAAACACAACUCGUUGAUGGUCCGUGCUGGUAUCACCGAACCUUUGGACGCGACGCUCGAACCUGCCGAAAGCCUUGCAAUUUCAAUCACCCCACAUCAUCAAACACGUCUCGUCAGUGAGACAACUUGGCUGAUACUGUGUCGGAGAUCAGCGAACAAACCGACACAUCUACAAUCUUUCGGCUUCAAAUUUCGGAUUCCACGACGAACAUGCAUUUCCUUAUCGAUACUGGUGCCGAUGUAUCCGUCGUU